AUGGAGCGCCAAGAUCUUAAUAACGGAAAUGGCAAGAAGUAUCUCGAAGUUUGUGUUAGCUCGGGACGACAUACAGUAAGCUUGGGCGAAGUCAAUAUAUCGUCCGUAACGUCAGAUGCCCAAUUGUUUGACGAAAUCUGGAAAACAUAUCGCGGCAUAAAAGGCACUGACUGGAGAACAACAUUACAUAACUGGUUCCUUGAGCCUGAUGAUGUGUUGUUCGUCUUGUUUGGAGUCCUGAGGAGGCACCAAGUUGGUAUCUACAAGCAGCCGUUGGAAAUUCCACCCGAGGUAGAAGUUGACGAGGGCCGCUAUGAUUACUACGAAUGUCCAAUGAAGGUUUUACCACCAAUGCCUGGUAAUAUAUUUCUUCACUACCUUGAACACGCGAAGAGAAAAGCUACAUCCAAGAAAGAGACACCGAUGUACCAUGCGGACAGCACGUUUCUCAAACGGCUUCCCAAGAAGUUAGAAACCAGUAUCUUCGAUGGCGACGCGGCAGGAGGCUCAAGUAUAUCGUAUGGUUGGGGAAUCCAUAUCGUUGAGCGUCCAAGCACAUCCGCACUGUAUUCAGUUGCGGCAUUCCAGGCAUUCGUCAGCGUAGCCAUAUGCUUCAUAGUAUUUGGGGCCACGUCGGCCACCUUGGUCCUUGACCAAGCUAUUGGGAUCGGACAAUAUACGGCAGGAGUGCUGGCACUUCUCAACACAGCAUUUUACUUCUCUCUUCAGGCAUACUGCAAUUACUUUUCGCCACGGAAAUUUUGA